AUGGCGGUUGCGCGCCUGCUCGCCCUGGCCACCGCCUGCGGCUGCGCCGCCAGGGGCCUGAAGCUUCAGCGGGAGCCCGCGCCCCCCGGCGUUCCGACGGGCGUGGAGCGGCAGGGCAACCAGCGGCUCAGUGGCGCCUCGUCGAUGUGCGGCGCCCGCAGGGAAGGCCUGAGGCUGGCGGACUGCAGGGUCUGCAGGCUGGCGCCCGGGCGGGAGCCGAUGACUCUAUACGCUGCGGAGCGGGUCGACGGAGCCGGUGCCAGGCUGCAGGAUGCUCUGUCUUGUGGGCGGCCAUCGCCGCCAACCUCGGCAUGA